AAUAAAUAUGCGAACAGGGUAUCCAGUCGUCCAAUAGAAGGAGAGUUGCCUGCAGUGGGCGGGUCUUUGAGUCUUCACCGCUGAGGAGACUGUGGAUGUGCUGCUAUCCAUAAAAUCACACAGAAUGGAAGAUAUGCUUGGACACUUUCGAGCCCAACAGGCGCCACAUUAGCAAACCGUCGGUUGUAUCAGCGCUGAGGGCCUAAUGUCUGCAGUGGUUCAACAACUAGCUUUAACAUAAGGUAUGAUGGAACCAAAUGUGUGGUGAGCCCUCCGGUGGGCUGACCAAAACACCACGUAAAUCCUCAGAGAUCCAGGAAUUAGCCGUGUCCUGCUUGUCGCCAACCAACGGAACACCUGGAAAUAAAGGAAUGUGCUCACGAGUCAGCGGCUGUGGAUUUUAGGCCGAGCAGAAGGAAAAGUCUAGUUUCAUGUGUGGAGACAUGAGCUCCAUGAAGACGCUAUGAGACACCUGGACAGUGACUGACCGCAGCCGGACUGAGAGCGGAAAAGUAGUGGAUGAAACAGAGAAGACAAUAUGAAGGAGAAAUCUAAAAAUGCUGCCCGGACUCGACGGGAAAAGGAAAACAGUGAAUUUUAUGAACUAGCCAAACUGUUGCCGCUGCCCUCCGCUAUCACCUCCCAGCUGGAUAAAGCCUCAAUCAUCCGGCUGACAACAAGCUACCUGAGAAUGAGAAUAGUCUUUCCUGAAGGCCUCGGGGAGUCCUGGGGUCAUGUGAGUCGUAGUAGUUCUCUGGACGGAGUCAGCCAGGAAUUAGGCUCACAUCUCUUACAGACAUUAGAUGGCUUCAUUUUUGUGGUUGCUCCAGAUGGGAAAAUAAUGUACAUAUCAGAAACAGCAUCAGUCCACUUGGGCCUGUCGCAGGUAGAGUUGACAGGAAACAGCAUUUAUGAAUACAUCCAUCCAGCAGACCAUGAUGAAAUGACAGCCGUCCUCACAGCGCACCAGCCUUACCAUUCACACUUUGUUCAAGAAUAUGAGAUGGAACGCUCCUUCUUUCUGAGGAUGAAAUGCGUCCUUGCUAAAAGGAAUGCUGGUCUUACCUGUGGAGGCUACAAGGUGAUCCACUGCAGUGGCUACCUGAAGAUCCGUCAGUACAGCCUGGACAUGUCUCCGUUCGACGGCUGCUAUCAGAACAUUGGGCUGGUGGCUGUUGGUCACUCAUUGCCACCCAGUGCUGUCACUGAAAUUAAACUGCACAGUAACAUGUUCAUGUUCAGAGCCAGCUUGGACAUGAAGCUCAUCUUCCUUGACUCACGGGUUGCAGAACUGACAGGCUACGAGCCUCAGGAUCUAAUAGAGAAGACGCUCUAUCAUCAUGUCCACAGCUGUGACUCCUUCCACCUGCGCUGUGCUCAUCACUUGUUGCUAGUGAAAGGUCAAGUUACCACUAAGUAUUACCGUUUCUUGGCCAAGCAAGGUGGCUGGGUCUGGGUUCAGAGUUAUGCAACCAUUGUACACAACAGCCGCUCAUCUCGACCUCACUGCAUUGUCAGUGUUAACUAUGUUCUCACGGAGACAGAGUAUAAAGGCCUCCAGCUUUCUCUGGACCAGGCCACAUCCAAGUCCUCUUUCCCUUACAGCAGCAGCACCACCAGCAACAACUGCAGAACUCCUAAGAGCAAAGUAUCCCGGUUCAAGACCAAAGCUAGACUGUCGCCAUACACACAGUAUCCUAGUUUCCAGACGGAGCGGUCAGAGUCUGACCAGGACAGUCCGUGGGGCAGCAGCCCCCUCACCGACUCAGCCUCCCCUCAGCUGCUGGAGCAAAGUGAAGGCCUGGAUGCCUCCUGUGUGUACAGGCAGUUCACUGAUCCUCGCACACUCUGCUACAGCCCGUCUGAAGAGCAGCACCAUACAAACCUCCACACACAUGGCCAAGGUCAGAGUUGUGAGCGGGGUCGCUGUGAGGCGGGGCGAUAUUUUCUUGGAGCACCUCCACCCAGCAGGGAUGUGUUGUGGGGCACCACCCGGUCCAUCCUACCACUAAGCAAGACCUCUUUGGAGAACCACGAUGGAUAUGACAGCAACAUGCCGCACAUCACAGCCAUCCACAGCUGUAAUGGCCGGGGCCACUGGGAUGAGGACAGCGUGGUCAGCUCUCCAGACGCAGGCUCAGUCAGUGACUCAGGGGAUCGGUACCGAGCUGACCACUACCACUGCAGCCCACAGGAACCCAGCAAGAUUGAGACACUGAUCCGAGCCACACAGCAGAUGAUCAAGGAGGAAGAGAGUCGACUUCAGCUGCGCAAAGGCCCUCCAGACUCCCCACUUGGAUCGACCAAUGGACUGCCCAAGGGCCCUGGUCCGUGCUUUUCUCCUGAGUAUACUCAAGGGCCCCUACCACUGCAGUCCGUGGUGUGUCGAGGGUUGAGUCAGGUGAUUAGUCCUGCAAAUAGCCCCACCCCUCUAUCCAGACUUAGCAGUCCAGGGUCUGAGCGCCUCCACAAGCCCAAAGACUACCUCCAGACAGACCUGUCCCCGCUUUCUUUGCCAUUACACCACCCGUUUGGUCGGUCUGGCCCGUGCUCGGCUUCACCCACUCUGCCCCCAGCCCUCUACCCCUCCCACACCCACCCACGGCCCUAUUUGGACAAGCAUACAGCCUACUCCCUGACAGGCUACGCUCUGGAGCACCUCUAUGACCCAGAGAGCCUCCGGGGCUACUGCACGUCAGCCAGCACCGGCCCCACCCACUACGAUAUGACCCCACACCUCCGCAUACCGGCAGAGCAGACCCCGGGACACAAAGGCACCUCUGUCAUUAUCACCAAUAGCAGCUAACACUCACAUAACACACAGUGGAUACACUGCAGUCGCUCAGCCUGAGUUGAUUAGCUCUAUCACAUUAAACAAAUUGUUGAUCCUGUUAGCUUGUUUUUCCAUCAUACUGAUCAGUUCUGAUCUAAUUUCAUUUGUUGCUUCAUUAUGGGGCAAAACUUCCACUGAAAUAUUGUGCAAAAUUCAAUUUUUCAUUUUUUCCAGGUCUGCAAAAGAACAUCUUAAUCAGUGUAUUUUUCUCUAAAUGGGUGCUAUGUGAAUAUUCUCAAGACUGAACAACAUUCACAUAAUUCUAGCAGUGCCUGUAAUGCUGGUAGAUAACACUAAUAAACUGAUAAACUUUGCAAA